UUUCAAUCAGAGAGAAAACUUUUCUGCGCAUUAAAAUAAUUAAUUAAACUAAGAAAUAACAAGUACAAUUGAUUAAAAACAGCAUAGAAGUAAUAAUGACGCAAUUUGAAAAUUCUGAAAACGCAAUUAAGCGUUUAGAAGUGGAAAAUCAGAGCUUAAAGAGUCGAUUAGAUGAUAAGACUCAACAAUACUUGAAAGUUUGGGAACGUGAUUUUCAUUUUGGCAUUUUGAUUGAGGAUGUCUUGGAAAAACCCGAAUUAAAGCAUGCUUUAAAAGUUUUGAACAUCCUUAAGCAAGGACUUGAUGUUCCUGACGAUUUCAAGGCACCGACUGCUAAUAAAGAGGAAGUUGAACAGCUUACUAAAGAGAUUGAUGAGAUAACUAAGGAAGUCGAGCGUCUCCGAAUUGAUAAGCAAAAUAAUGAUAUUAAGUGUAGUGAAGUUGAUAAGAAUAUCCGGAAUCUUAAUAAUGAAAUUGUUGAACUAAAAGCUGAAUGUAAGAAAUCCGAAAAUGAAUUGGCUGAAAUCAAGAUGUACUAUGAGAAGAAAAUGACUGAAUUAAUGUGGAAGAAUGAUAAGCUGACUGAAGAAAAGGAAUUCCGUAAGUUUCAGUUAAAGAAGCAUCAAGAAAAUAGCAUUAUCGUUAAUCAGGAAAACGACAAGGAAAAUCAAUCACAAGAUAAGGUUCAAAAGCUAUUGAUGGAUAUUGCUCGUUUGGAAGGAAAGCUCCUUAACAAGGAUAAAGAAUUAAAGGUCGUGUGGGAAAAGGUCGAGUUCUACCGGAACCAACUUAACAAGUAAAUAUCAAUUAAAUUUUUAAGUAUUUUUUUUUGUCUGCUAAAUGCAAUUUGAUUCUAUCUGCGAUAUAAAACGCC